AUGACUCAAUCAAAUGAAGUUAAGUUACCCAAAAGGGUCAAGAGUAUUGCAAUCAUUGGUGGUGGUGCAAGUGGUGCAAUUACUUUAGAUUCAUUAAUUCAAGAAGGUAAAUUUGAUAAAAUUACAUUAUAUGAAAGAAGAGAUGUUUUAGGUGGUGUUUGGGUAUUAGAUCAUAAUCCAGAUCAACUUGAUAUUCCACCUGGUCAAUCACAAGAUCAAUUAGAUCCAAAAGUUGAAAUUCCAAAUGAUUUAAAAUUAAAUCAAACAUUUAAAACUUCAAGAUCAAAACAACAAAGAUAUUUACAUACUGCUUCUUAUGAGGAUUUAAGAACAAAUAUACCUGAACAAUUAAUGACUUAUAGUGAUGAAAAAACUUGGGGUGCUGAUCCAAAAUUAAAAGUUGAAGAACAUUAUAUUCGUGGGAUUGCAAUUCAAAAUUAUAUUGAAAGAUAUAUUAAUAGACAUUCCAAAAAUGUUGUCUUAAGAACAACUGUUGAAUCAAUAAAUAAAGAUUAUAGUAUUAAAGAUGGUUCAUCUCAAUUUGAAUUAACAUUAAGAAAAGAAACUAAUUUAAAAGAUCAAGAUGGUAAUUAUAUUGAUGAAUGGUCAAUUGAAAAAUAUGAUGCUGUUGUUAUUGCAACUGGUCAUUAUCAUGUUCCUUAUAUUCCAAAUGUUCCAGGUUUAAAUGAAGUUUAUCAAAGAUUCCCAUCUAAAAUAAAACAUUCUAAAACUUUUAGAGCUUCAAAUGAUUUUAAAGAUCAAACUUUAAUAGUUAUUGGAAGUCGUGCUUCUGGUGCUGAUAUUGUGGAAAUUGCAUCUAAUAGUGCAAAAUUUAUUUAUCAAUCUAAAAGAAGUGAAGGUCCAUUAAGAUUUGAAGGUAAACCAAAUACACAAGUGAAACCUACAAUUACUAAAUAUGAACUUUUAAAUAAUAAAGAUAUAAUUGUUCAUUUUAAAGAUGGUUCAAUUGUUAAAAAUCCUGAUCAAAUAAUUUAUGCUACAGGUUUUAGAUUUAGUUAUCCAUUUUUAAAAGAUUUAUAUCCAAAUUUUACAACAGGUUAUAUUAAUCCAGAUUUAUAUUUACAUACUUUUAGUAUUAAAGAUCCAUUAUUAUCAGUUAUUGGUGCACCAACAGAUGCCAUAUCAUUUAGAGCAUUUGAAUUUCAAGCUAUAUUAUUAUCUAGAUUUUUAUCAGGUAAAAUUCAUUUACCAUCUUUACAAGAACAAAUUGAAUGGACACUUGAAAGAUUUAUUACAAAAGGUGAUAAUAGAGCAUAUCAUACAAUUGAUUUAGGAGGAAAAUUAGAAUAUCUUGCAUAUUUAACAGAAUUAGGUGGUGGUGUUGAACCAUUAGGUGGAACAGGUAGACCAUUUCCAACUUGGACACAAUCUGAUCUUGAAUUACAUGCAGCUAUUCAAGAACGAUUUAAAAAGUUUUUUGGUGAGGGUGAAUUAAAUGAAGAACAAAAAAAAUUAUAA